UUCCCCGCGGAUUAUUGGAAAUUCCAAGCCAAACCAAUAGUUCCCCUCCCGAAACCCCUUUAAAAAACCCUAGAAUUUUCAAUCUAUCGAAAUUUCGCCCGCCUAGAUUCGCUGAUUCUGUUCGAAUACCAACUCCGGCGAGAUCUCCAGCUUUCAUUUUGCGGGUCUACUAUCGAACCGCUGAAUUUCUGAAGAUUCGAUGGACUUCGACGAGUAUGAUUACUUGGAGAAAGCCGUGGAGGAUCAGGACGAUAAGGAGACGAAGAAGGCAAAGAAGAGCGAGAGUGAGAGGAACGAGAAAAGCAGCAGGAAGAGAGAGGUAGACGAGGAAGCUGGCUCUGGUGGUCGUGUGGAUGAGGAGCUGAAGGUCAAGAGGUCGAAAAGCGAGCAUGAAAAUGGGAAGGAGGAUAGGGAUCACUCGGGCCGAGCGAGGGAUCGGCAUCGAAGAGACAGAGAGGAAGAAACAGAUGGGGUUAAAGAGAGGGAUAGAGAAAGGAACCGUACGAGAGAUAGGGGUAGCAGUGAGAAGGAAAGGGAUAGAGACAGGGAUAGAGAGGAGAGAGAUAGAGAGAGACAUAAGGAGAAGGAGAAGGAGAAGGAGAGGGAGAGAGACAAGGAUAGAAGGGAUAAGGAGAGAGAUAGAGAGAGGCAUAAGGAGAAGGACAGAGAGAGAGACAAGGAUAGAAGGGACAAGGAGAGGGAGAGGGAGAAGGAGAAAGAAAGAGAAAGGAGAGAAAGGGAGAAGAGGGAGCGGGAGAGAGAAGAGGAGAGAUCGAGGCGAAGCAGGAGUCGGUCUGUUCGGGAGAAAGAACGUGAAGUUGAUGUCAGAGAAAACAGGAGAAUGAAGGAAAAGAAAGACAUGGUGGAGCCUGAAGCGGAUCCAGAGAGGGAUCAAAGAACUGUAUUUGCAUAUCAGAUGCCUUUGAAGGCCACAGAGAGAGAUGUUUAUGAAUUCUUUUCAAAAGCGGGAAAGGUGAGAGAUGUCCGGCUGAUCAUGGACAGGAAUUCUAGACGGUCAAAAGGAGUUGGGUAUGUUGAAUUUUAUGAUGCGAUGUCUGUGCCCAUGGCUAUUGCUCUCUCUGGUCAACUACUUUUUGGGCAACCUGUUAUGGUUAAACCUUCAGAGGCUGAAAAGAAUCUUGUUCAAUCAAAUACGUCUGGGGCCUCUGGUGCAGGUCCAUAUGGAGCAGUAGACAGGAAACUAUAUGUUGGUAAUCUACAUUUUAACAUGACUGAGACUCACCUUCGAGAGAUUUUUGAAGCUUUUGGUCCCGUGGAGCUUGUGCAACUACCUCUCGACCUUGAAUCGGGUCACUGCAAGGGUUUUGGAUUUGUUCAAUUUGCUCAUCUAGAGCAUGCGAAGGCAGCUCAAAGCUUGAAUGGGAAAUUAGAAAUUGCAGGCCGAACCAUUAAGGUUUCAUCUGUAACAGAUCACAUUGGAGCACAAGAGAACGUUGCAAAAUCAAAUGACCUUGAUGAUGAUGAAGGGGGCGGUCUGGCAUUGAAUGCUCAAUCAAGAGCUCUGCUUAUGCAGAAGCUUGACCGCACUGGCAUUGCUACCAGUAUUGCAGGAUCUCUUGGAGCUCCAGUGUUGAAUGCGUCAGCCCCAAAUCAGAGAGCUACCAGCUUGCCACUAAAUGGUCAAGCUGCAGUUGCUGCACCAGUACUUCCUGCGAAUUUUACUCCACCUGUUUUACAAUCUGUUGGAAGUCCUAGUGAAUGCCUACUACUGAAAAACAUGUUUGAUCCAUCGACGGAGACAGCACCAGACUUUGACUUGGAAAUCAAAGAAGAUGUUGAAGAGGAGUGUUCUAAAUAUGGUCAUGUUAAGCAUAUAUAUGUGGAUAAAAAUAGCGCGGGAUGUGUGUAUCUGCAAUAUGAUACGGUGGAAGCUGCUAUUAAUGCUCAACGUGCAAUGCACUUGAGAUGGUUUGCAGGCAGGCAGAUAUCAGUAUUGUUCAUGCAACCGCAGGUUUAUGAAGCCAAGUUUAUAGGAGCUUGAAUGCCGUUCGUGGUUCUCAUCAUUUAGGAGUAACCAGAAGAUCCCUCCAGCCGUCCAGUCAAUCUCUAAUUCCUCCCCCGUUUCUGUAAUAGGUGCAUGUAGAAGUACAGGUUAAAAUUGAGUUGACUUUCUGGAUAGAAACGUAAAACGCCCUGUUCCUUAUGCUGGAAAUUGGUACCUAUUCUUCAUUUCUACUCUUCUAUAACAUGAGUGUCAAGCGAAUACUUUUUGUUGGCUUGGAUGGAUGCCUUAGUGCCGACUUGUGGAGCUGCUGCUUUCUUUGAACAUGCCUUGCAAUGCAUGCAUUUUGUUGAAAGUCUUCUCUGAAACACACAUAGUUUGAGUUGGAUUUUCGUGCAAUAUUACAGAUUCAUAUCUGCCAGCGAUUACUUGAAGCCCUUAAUUUAUACAAAUUUUUCCCAAUGUUCAUAA